AUGUCGAGCGUCACAGCCUCUCGAGUGAAGGUCUUCAAUGGCCUCCGCCGGCCUGAAUUCGACAUAAAUGACCUUCCUAAUCACUACCACAUCUCAGUGAGGUCAAUUCCCUUAGUUGCUGGAAACGCAAUAUUUCUAGCCAAUCCAUUCAAUGGUCACACUCAUUGCGAGGGUCGCACCCGCAUCAUUCCCCUCACUUAUGAGGAACAGGCAACUGUCAUCGUCCCUCUACUACUUGAGUCUUUCGUCACACGCUUCGAUAACGAUUCAAUUUCCAUUCCCAUGGCGGACAAAAAGACAGCCUAUGCCCCGUGGAGCUGGAGCGUACGUGACCAGAAGCUCGCCGACGCCCUUUCCGUCAGACUUCAGAUCGUCGGUGUUCGACCCGAAUUGUGUGCUGUGUAUGUUGCCGAUCCGGAAGAGAUUACGACUGCUGAUGCGUGCUGGCGUCGUUUCUAUAAUGAUCUUGCGGCCGCUACGAUGGGCAUUCCAGAGGAUCAAUUUGCUGGAAAUGUCAACAAGGUCUGUCGUGUUUGUGGAUUUACUCCGUCGUUGGAUACACCUUUGAUGCGUUGUGCAAGGUGCACGAGUGUCUCUUAUUGUUCGAAGGCUUGUCAAAAGGCGGAUUGGAGCGAGCAUAAGGUCAAGUGCAAGGCCCCUGCAGCUUAA